GUGGUGUGUGUCGCGCGCGUUUUUUGGGUCCCACACGCGGAUUAUCUCGCAGGAUCGUGCGCGCGCUCUGGCUCUGGCUCGUUGCUGUGGCUCUUCGUGAUUGAUUCAGAGUUGUUGUCGGUUUUGGGGAAGAUCCCCGUGUGCGAUUGUAUUGUUUUGCCAGUGGGAUUAGUCACUGUUUUUGUUCUAGGUGGUGUUUGUGAUGCGCCAACUGGUGCCACGCGUCGCUGGCAUUGGUCAGUUUUCCGCAAAAGUCUAGGACCAGGUGCUAGGUUGGUGGUGGAAUUCAGUUUCUGAGAAUUUUUGCGUUGUUUUCUGCUUGUUAAAGGUCAGAUCGAGUGUGAAAAACUACUGUUUGAUUUCCUUUUGGAUUUGGCGACGUGCAACAUUUUUCCGAGCUUUAUCGAAGUGGUCGUUGCCGAAUGAGGAUUACUCCCGGUUAGUUAGGCGAUGUUGAUUCAGCAGCGCAGCAGCAGAGUGGAAUUAAAAUAGACAGCAUCACAAUCGAUCGCAGACACAGACGACGAGGAGCAGCGGCAGCACAAAGCUAGGGCACAGCGUGCUGCACGUCGCCAUUCGAGGAAAUUCGCUUUUAGCAAUCAAUUGUAAUUUGCAAAGUCGAAUCGAUCGCCAAGAGCCAACCGCGGUGUCGGGUGUGUGGUGACGGAGGUUUGGCGACAGCAGCUGAGGAAGAUUCGGUUCGGUGACACAAAAGGCUGAAACGUUUCUGGCUUGACGAUUAAUUGAUUUCUCGCCUGCGGUCCACAAGCGUGCCCCGAGUGGAGAAGAAAGAAGCGAAACGAGUUGUGCGAGUGAAAAGUGAUUAAGAGUUGUGAUUUUUUAAUUGAUUGCUUGUUUCUUUAUAUUUAUUAUUAAAGUCUACGCUUAAGUACCUAUUCAUCAUGGAAAAGACGGAAUUGAGCAAAGACCAGCUGAAAGUGCUGAAGGCUUCCUUCGAUGCGUUCGAUAAGGACAAGACGGGCAGCAUUCCCACCGACGUCGUCGGCACCAUCCUGGAACUGCUCGGCCACACAUUGUCAGAGGAAGAGCUGGAGGAUGUGAUCGACGAGUACGACGAGGACGAAUCCGGCCAGCUGGAGUUCAACGAGUUUGUGCAACUGGCGUCGAACUACGUGGAACCAGAGGAGGACUACGACGCGUUACGGAAGGAACUCCGAGAGGUGUUCAUGAUGUACGAUAAGGAAGCCAAGGGCUUCAUUCCAGUAGACUCAUUCAAACAGAUCCUCCGGGAGUUGGACGGUGCGGUGCCCGAGGAAGAACUGGACGAUAUUGUAGAUGAAAUUGAUGCUGACGGUUCAGGAACGGUAGACUUUGAAGAAUUCAUGGAGGUUAUGACAGGUGAAUAAACCCCUAUAUCCAUUGUAGUUCUGUUAUCGCACAUUGCUAAAAAUUCUAAUGGCCGCUGCACGAAGCUUCCCGCGAAAAGCUUGUCUGCUGUCACCGUCGCUCUCCAAAAAUAACCCAUUUCGUUGGCGAUUUCGAUCCGACACGAAAUUGUCGAUGAUGAGUUUUGUGGUAGAUAGCAACAACCAGGCACACUGAACGGUUUCUAGGUUGAGCGCCUGAUCCUCCGAAAAUCACACACACCAUCUGAUGCUUUUCCAAUAUUUACCGAUUUGUAGGUUAAGUUUCGCAGCAGCAGCCAGUGUUUCAGCGUCACCAAAGUCAGAGAGAUUGUUUUUUCUAGUUUAUUGCUAUUAUUACGAAUACUUUAGUUUACAUAUAAAGUCUAGUUCUAAGGUCAGGCAUAAAAGUUUUCGAUACGGAAGAAGGAAGCUAAAUCGUCAUCAACCUGUAUGGACCAUUAAAAUCAAUCAUAACGUCA